CAGCUGGAGGGGAACGAUCUUUGCACAACCAUCUUUAUGAUGCUUCACCAUGUGUCUGUUUCUCAUGAACGACGGUGACGUCCGACCAAACCAAGUCUGUGAGCGGGCUGCUGGGUAUAUAACUGUGUCAGCAUCUGAAGCAGGUUAGAAAGCAAACGAAUUCACCAUGUGGACUCUGCUGGUUCUUUGCACCGUGGUCACCGUACAUGGAGCGAGAGGUAUUGUCCACCAGCUUCUCACUCUUGUACUUGUCUCUUGGUUUUGGAUGUUUUUCUUACUUCCUUGCAUUUGUGUUUUUUACACUGACAGGAUCAGUGGCUGUUGUUACCUGUGUUGUCACUAACCUUUUAUUUUGUAUAAUUACUUGUAUUCCAUCAGGUGAUGGUCGCUACCGCACAACUGCUCCAGGUUAUUACCACACUACUUCAGGUCAAACGUGCCGUAACUACUGCGGCUGGGAAUUCUCAUACUGCUCCUGCUCAAGCCACUGUCAAUACUAUGGCACCUGUUGCCAUGACUACACGUACCAUUGCACAUCAACAACUGGAAGCCCAAACACAAGCCCAGCUGAACCCUGUGGAGGGAAUCUGAUUGGCUUUGGGACGUUCUCCAGCCCGAACCAUCCCAACUACUACCACGAUGGGGCCAACUGCGUCUGGCAGAUCAGAACCACACAUGACCAGCGAAUUCUCCUGUCAUUCACCUACCUGCAAUUGGAGAACUGCUGCUCAUGUGACUAUAUUCAAGUCUUCGAUGGGCCAUCUGUUAAUUCUCGGUAUCUGGGGAAAGUGUGCAACAACAGUCUGAACUCGUUCUACUCCACGUCCAACUACAUGACCGUGGCCUUCAGAAGUGACGGCUCCGUGGUUGGUCGAGGGUUCAAAGCCGAGUUCGUCAGCUCUCUGCCAAGAUCUGCAGGUGUAGUGGAAUGUUCCUCAAGCAGCAUGAACAUUGUGCUGGAGAAGUCUUACCUGAAUUCUCUCGGCUACAAUAGCCAUAACCUGACCCUGGCUGACGCACAAUGCAGACCCAUUAUUUCCAGAUACCAGGUGUCCUUCCGUUACCCCAUCAACGCUUGUGGCAACACUCGAGAGUUUAAGGACGGCACAGCUACGUACAACAACAUUGUGAGUUCCUACGCCCCCGGCGCCGGGGAGAUCACUCGCCAGUCCUACUUGAAGCUGAACGUGGCCUGCAGAAUGGCACCGGACUCAGUGAGCCAGAUUAUGUACCUCGUGGAGAAAUAUCACAACAGUAGCAUUAUCGGCACAGGCAGAUUCAACACCAGCAUGACUUUCUACACGUCCUCGAGCUUCUACUACCAGGUGACUGAAGUUCCAUAUGUGGUGACGCUCAACCAGAGAAUGUACGUCCAGGUGAGCCAGAAAGCGUACGACAGCAGCCUGGUCCUCUUUCUUGACACCUGUGUGGCCUCGCCGUCGCCCAAUGAUUUCCAGACCAGAGCUUACUACCUGGUCCGUAACGGGUGUCCCAUGGACAACACCUACUAUGUUUAUUACAGUGGCAACCAGCCCUACGCCCGAUUCUCAUUUAAGGCCUUCCAGUUCCUGCGAGCCUCAGAAUCAGUGUUCAUCCAGUGCAAGGUCUUGGUGUGCCAGGCCCAUGACUACAAUUCCCGCUGUCGCCGUGGCUGCAUGACGCGUACGGCCAGAGACCUGGGGUCAGAACAUCACAGCCAAACGAUGGUCCUGGGUCCCAUCCAACUCCAAGACCCUGAGAAAAAAGAAGAGGGGACUCAAAAGCAGGAGAUGGUUUAACUUCUCCAGCCUGUUCAUUGUGACAGUGAUAUAUACUCACAAUGUUCUUCUCUCAUAGUACCUGAUUAAAAGCAUCAUCAAAAG